AUGACAUUUGGAAAUUAUGUUUUAUUUAAUUUACUUGUUGCUAUUCUUGUUGAAGGAUUUUCUACAGAAAAAAUGGGUAAUAAUUCUGAUACUGGAAGACAUAGCCGUUCAAAUUCAAAUAAUUUAUCACCAUAUAAAUCAAUAAUUAAAAUUCGUUCAUCUCAACUUCAAUCAUUAUCAUCAUCAACAACACAAAGUUUUCAUACAUGUAUUGAAUCAAUGGAUAAAUAA